GGCGGCGGCAGUGCGCGACGACGUUUCAUUGGUCCCGAUUAUUGUCGACGCCUACGUUUCGGCAGCACCGUCGGUCCGAGGCCAUCGAAGAACAGCGCUCGCCGUCAGCAGAUCAGUCGUUUCCUACUCGUCGUUACGGUACCUUGCCUGUAGACGUCACUCGGUGAAUUUAAGUUUUUUAACGAUCACGAUCCCAUCUCGCUCCUUAAAUACUAACCAUGCCUAGUUUAUAUCGUCACCUCCCGGAAGAACAAGUCGAAACUGUCGAACGAGAAGAAGUACAAACGGAUGAGAACCGAAGCGACGAUGAAGAAGAAUCAAUGAACAGCGAUACGAGCAGUGAAGCGUCAUCGAUGCUUAAUGACCCGACCAUUCAACCAUGGGUUCCGGUGGUGAGCUCGAGCGACGAGUCUGACGAAUUAUGGACACCGCCGUCAACCAGGAGAGACGACGACGACGACGAUUUUGAAGAGGUCAUUACCACCGAAAGGCGAUAUCUACGACCACAAUUGGCCAGGAGAUCCAGGGCCAGACGUCCUGGGGCAAUGUACGCGAGGCGCGGACGAUACCGUCAACCUGUAGCUGAACAAGAAUUGUACGAACUUACACCGUUCGAGCGUGGGAUCACCUUUAACGGAUAUGCAUGGAAUUUACAGCCGGAAGCCAUUAUUAGCCAUGUGCUCAUAGGUAUUCCAGAGGAAAUUUUUUACCUGGUAAAAUGGAGGGGUAUGCAGGAGCCUCGCCUAAUUGAGGCAUCGGUCCUGCGUGCCUACAACAUCGACAUGGUAGUGGACUACUUUGAAUCUAAUGUUAAAAGAAAUUCUUAACGACGCCAAUAUUGAAAGGACCUCCAGCAAGAUUAAUGCGAGUGUCAAUGAUUUUUUUUAUGUUAAUUUAAAUGUAUUAUUAUCCUUAAAUGUUUUUUUUGUUUUUUUUUUUGUAUAAGUAUU